AUGCCGAAUGCCAACCCAUGGCAUGCGAAGACUUUUGUCAACCUCCUCAGACAUAAGGGCGGCGACAAUAUAUCUCAGCAAGACGAAAUCAUGGAGAUCCAUAGGCAGGUGCUCAAAAUGAUUGAAAUACUUGGGCAAAUGUCCGCGAUACUCGAGACAAUAGAAACACAGAGUAAAGAACAAUAUGAUGCCGACCUGCAGGCCUCUGCGAAAGAAAUCGGGAGGUAG